CGCUGAGAAGUGAGAAGUAGAAUCUGCAGGACUUUUACUUGUACAUGAAGGUCAUCCAGAACCAGCGCUCAGGGCAGCGCGUGGAGCUGACGCAGUGAGGCAAGCGGCAGGCCAGGCGAGUGUGCAAGAUGAAAGAACGGACAUUGCGCGGCAGAGCGCGUCCUCUGCCCGCUACCGGAGUGGUGGUGUUAUGGGUCAUUGCGUGCUGCUGCCGCCUGGAGAGUGCACGCGGGUUCAGCUUACGUGUAGACGAACAGUUCCGUGUAGAAAACAAGUUCAAACAACCUAUCAAUUUCAUAAUCAACGGACAAGAGGCAUCGUCCCUGAAGUUUCUGAAAACUUUAGACCUGGCUCGAUUCGGCGAACAGUACACGUACAUUGCAAUGGAGUGGAAUCGGUCGCCCAACGAAACGGUGGACUACAAUAUGUACUUUGUCUCGGACAACACUACAGUAUUGGAGACACCCAGGGCGAACACACCAUUGGUGGGCUGUGUGCCUUCCACCAACUACACGUCCUUCAGGAUGUCAUUACCUUGCACUGGCAAAUCGGAUGAAGCCAUAGCAUUCGAAGCCUACCUCAACUACAAUAUCACCUCGUACCCGUACACCGUCGACAACUUCAAAGCAAAUCUGAACCACUUGGAGUGCAGUGAUCGCCAGGGCAACAUGACCGGUGGUCAUGUGACCAAUGGUAGCACGGUGCUGUCCAUGGUAAAAAUCUGUGCACUGAUAGGUGGCGACGGUAAUGAGGACGCAGGGCUCUCAACGCCGGAGCUGGCUGGCAUCAUUGCCGGUUCCGUUAUCUUUCUGGUUGUAGUCAUACUGCUCAUUCAGACCAUAGUCCAAUGUCAAAGAGAAAAGACGCGUGCAGCGCUGGCCGACGCCAGGAGACAGCGCAUUGAGUCCGUGGUGACACGAGGCAGGUAUCAUACUCGCAUAGUGCCGUGUUCAGCCAUACUGGUCGGGUACGAGAUUGGCAAAGGGGCGUUUCGACGCGUUUGUAUUGGCACUGUUAUCCUGGACAACGUCAAGGAGCCAGUACCAUGCACCAUCAAAACACUGAAAGCUAUCAAAGCAGAAAGUGACAUCGACGAGUUCUUGGUAGAGGCGUUCAUGCUGAAGGACUUCAGGCAUCCAAAUGUGUUGCCAUUGCUAGCUGUCGCCUUGGACACGAAGAACCUGCCGAUGGUGUGUCUGGAACACAUGCACUACGGAGACCUACGGACGUACCUGAGGAAAAUGGGAGGAUCCGCGGCCAACCUUGUCGAUGAGGCCAAUACCACUUCGAGUACCAAGAUGUUACUCAGCUUCUGCACUCAGAUAGCCCUAGGCAUGGACUACCUGUCCAGUCGGAGCUUUGUCCAUCGCGAUCUGGCUGCUAGAAACUGCAUGUUGAGCAAAAAUUUGGUGGUGAAGAUCGGUGAUUUUGGAUUGGCGCGUGAAAUUGCGAAAGACAGCUACUACCGAGCAGGAUCCAAUCGUCCAUUGCCCGUCAAGUGGAUGUCGUUUGAGAGCCUGACUCGGAACAUCUUCACAGUACAGUCUGAUGUGUGGGCAUUUGGCGUUGUGAUGUGGGAGAUCUUCUCUCUUGGUAUCAUGCCUUACACUGGUGUCGGCAAUCAUGAGAUGAUGGAUGUGCUCCAACAAAACAUUCGUCUGCCUCCACCUGAUGACUGCCCGGUGGAAGUGUACAACAUAAUGCACUCAUGCUGGUGUCUUAACCCAGGAGCACGGCCUACGUUCUCCGUCCUGGCUGGUAUGCUGGAUGAGUGUAGAGAGAGGCAGUAUGAGAACAUCCCUGUCCAUAAAGUGAAGACCGAACCGCACUACGUGAACUGUGAUCCAGCCACACCGGGCUCUAACAUACGCCAAACGAAUGCCAACGGCCUAAGCAGGUGUACUAAAGGUACUCUCCGCGCUCCGUACCUUUCAUUGAUCAAGCAACGCAGCAUGGAUACGUGCAAGAUGAUGAGGCCAGCUCAGCAAGAGCUGGAGCUCACGACGGUCACUGAGACUUCUCCAUCAGAUAUCGCCACCGCCACCAACAGCAGAAAAGGUGGCCACAACAAGCCUGCUCAAAACCAGCAGACAUUGGACACCAUCGCUCCACCUGCAAUCAUCAGCGAGAGCAUUAUCAACGAGCAACACUACACUGAGGAACCCACCAGGGCCACGGCCAAGAAACUCUCCACGACAUCAGCCAGCUUGGUGAGAUGCUCACAGGCAGCGGUUCUGUAGAUGAUAGUUUUUCAUUCUUGUCUCGUGCACUGCACGCAGUCAGCGCUGUGUGCAUGUGGUGGAGUCAGUUUUUUAGUAAGCCGGGCCUGUAAAAAUGUAAAUUAUCGUGUCCGUUCCCAAAUGGAACUAACGACGGCCGCUAACACCCGGUAAACUCUAGCGGCAGACCUGUGGAAGCCGAAUAAAUAGUAGUUUAUUCUGAACUUGUUUGUGAAUUUGGAUCGAAUAUUUCUCAGUUCAUGUCUUGCACUCUUGAGCUAUUGAUUUAUCUCUUUGCUUGUGAUAAGUGUUUUGAUUAUCACCUUCAUGUUUUGGGAACUCGUGGCCUGGAACUGGGGAAACAUGGAUGCAGCAUGAUGGGUUUUUUCAGUCUUUGACCACUUUGUGGUGGUUCUGAUCUACUCACCUCCCACCGCUUAGGAGCUGCAUCUGCCCCAUGAUCCUAGAGGGUGGUGGUGUUCCUGCGGUUGCGGAAAACUCGGCCUCCAGUCGAGUCUCACGCGAACCGUGAUUUUUUAAAUAUAUUCCCGGUUGGAGGAAAGAAAAUCAGCACACGCAGCACAGAAGCCAUUAUAGUUUCAACUAGGCCUUUUUGUAUCAAUACUUUUCAAGUCGAAUACAAUGGUGAUUAACGAAUGCUAUUUGGUCAUUGCUUUGACCGCGAAAUUUGUAGCUGGCGUCACGAGCGCUAUCUUUUAAAGCGCUAUUUUGUCAAUGCUCUGGCCGCUAAAGUGCCGGUUAUAAGGACUUGCUUUCUACCUUGGUAAUCAGUAGAAACCACCAUUGUAUUCGACUUGAAAAGUAAUGGUACGAAGGGCCUAGUCGAAACUAUAAUGGCUUCUGUGCUGCGUGUGCUGCGUGUGCUGUUUUUUCUUUUUUUCUGUUUUUUUUUCGCUUUCAGCUGAUUGUGUCGUACUACGAUUUUCUUUACUUCACUGCAUCUUUUAAACUACUAUUCAUGUUGUGUUAUUGAACUAGUGAAUAUUAUUAUUGUGCAUACAAUCACUGCAUUUAGACUACUUCCAGAACUAGUGACAAACUCGGCCAUUUGAAAAUAAUCUGAACCGUCUACCUCUCCACACU